AUGUACAACAUACAAAAAAAUCUAAUUCCUUACAGUAGUGUGGUCAGCAGUGAUAACCAUUUAUUGCCUGAGUGUAAUCCUGACUUCUAUGACUCAUCAAAUAAGCAUAAUUCUAGUACAUUACAACACUAUACAUUAAAUCACUCAGGAAAUACUCAUCAAUAUUCAAUGAAUUCAAACAGUUAUUAUUCACCUGUUUCACCAAAUAUUGUCGAUUCGUGCCCAAUGAAUAAUUUUAAUGGUUUUAAUGAAUACAGUAGAACACAAUUAUCUCAAUCAAUCAAAUAUCACCCAUUAAAUGAUUCAAUUUUAUUUAAUAAUAACAAUAACAAUUUCAAAAUGACUGAUUCAAAUCAAGUUGACAUACAGCCUGAUUCAACUGUUCCUACUCUCACUGGUAUGGAUGACGAUGAUGCUCAUCAUGAAGAGCAGGAGGAAAGGGAGGAAGAUGGUAGUGUAAUGUAUAUGAAGGGAAGAAAAAAGAAAACAUGUAAAAAGGAACCAUCAAAAUCCUCAAUUACAUCAACAGGUUCAUCGUUAGUUGUUAGUUCAACGAAUAAACGAUCAAGAUCAGCAUAUACAAAUUUACAGUUAGUUGAAUUAGAGAAAGAAUUUCACUAUUCAAAUUAUCUUGCACAACCAAGACGAAUAGAAUUAGCUGAACAACUUGGCUUAACUGAACGUCAAAUUAAAAUAUGGUUUCAAAAUAGGCGAAUGAAACAGAAAAAGGAACAUAAAGAUAAUGAGAAAAUAAGAUAUGAGUAUUGUCCUCCUCUCUAUGAAAAUUAUAAUCCAUGGAAUCCAAAUUACCUAGUAAAUACCAAUUCUCAACAUUCAGUAAACUUUUUCCCCACUCUAUCAUCAUCAUCAACAACAGCAAUAAUGCCACAGCAAGCAUUCACUUCCAGUUUACACCCAUUAACAUACUCCAAUCAAUCUACACCAUCUUCACAUUCAUUGACAUCAACAUACAUCUCUUCUACUAAUUCUCAUCGCUUAAACAACGGCACCAAUUCAAAUCAUGCAAAUAUAAAACUGUAUGAUCCAUUAAAACAAGAAAUAAUCAAUAAUUCUUUCAAAGACUGGUCAUCUGCAUUAAAUAAAAAUAAUUAUUCAAUAUCAACGGACUCAGAUACUUUUCCUUCAUCCUAUUCACCUUCGUCUCUGUCUUUUAAUCACCAGUUAUCUCAAGACAGAAUGAAUUUCUGUGUUAAUUCAAGUGUAGUUAAGUUUAAUUAUGCCAAGAAAUUAACACGUAAUUAUACUACAGAUGAAAGUGAAUCCAAACAAUCAUCUUAUUUCAACAACAAAUCACAAAAUCAAUCAUAUAAUUCAUUAGAAUCCUACAAUUUCCCAACAUCAACACACUGUCAGCACUUCAGUUCAAAUGAGUCAUCUGUACAUCCUGGUUAUAAUUAUGAUUUUAGUCAAUGUUAA